ACCUAAUCCGCUAGAAUUUUCUACACAUACCUUGAAAUUUCUUCGAGUCCACCACCUUCACGCCCAACUCCUUCGAGUCGCUGUCCUUGACUCACCCAAAGCACUCUCUCUCUCCAUCUUCAAGUGUUCUUUUUGAGUUCUUCUUCUUAAUUACAAAAAUGCCAGCCAUUGCUAUUGGGAGAUUUGAUGGCUCAUUUAGCAUGGGGUCUAUUAAGUCCUAUGUUGCUGAGUUCAUAUCAACCCUCCUCUUUGUCUUUGCUGGAGUUGGUUCUGCUAUAGCUUAUGACAAGGUGACAUCGGAUGCAGCCCUUGAUCCAUCGGGGCUAGUAGCCGUUGCUAUAUGCCAUGGAUUUGCUCUCUUUGUUGCAGUCUCCGUUGGGGCCAACAUUUCCGGUGGCCACGUAAAUCCAGCUGUCACCUUCGGAUUGGCUCUUGGUGGACAAAUCACCGUCUUCACCGGCAUCUUUUAA